GCGUCCUAGAUCAAUAUCGUUAAAUUCCCCUGAAUUUCCCUGAAUUCCCUCUCAGGGUAUAUAUAAAAAAAAUGGUACGGUCCAUCUCUCUCCGCCCUUAUUCCGUGGAUUAGGCAAGGAAGAACAAGGACGAACGUUCGGCAACCCCCGACAUCGAACGACCUUGGCCGAAGGGUGUGCUCGCCCGUCGCUCGCUCGCUCACUCGCUCCUUUGGGGGAAGGGGUGGAGCAGAGGAGGGAGGAAGGGAGAGGGGAGGGCUAGGGACAGGGAGGCACUCGUGCCGACGGCGGACGGCGCGCUCACCGCUAGCGCUAGCGAGCCGAGGCCGCCGAGGCGAGGGCGAAAUGCGAAUCGAUCGUUACUGGGCGUCCUGCGCGCUAAUCGCUAUCCCGGCGCUAGUAUUCGCCCGUGCUUCGCUCCCAUCGGUUUGCCUCUCGGCCUGGGGUGUCCCGACUCCCUUGCGACGGCAAGUGCCUCGGCCCAGGUAGCCGGAGGAGUUCCGCUCGCGCUAACAUGAGAGACGAGGUGAAGAUGGACGCGAAUCGCUUGAUCGCCGAGGUCUAUAAGAGGCCGGCUCUCUGGAACCAGAGGCACAUCUCGUACCACAACCGCGAGGUGACCAACCGCGUCUGGAUGGAGAUCGCCGCGAUCUUCAAGCUCCCCAAGCCGGUCUUGAAGGCGAAAUGGAAAGGUCUCCGGGAUACUUUCCGGGCGGAGCUGAAGAAGGAGCAGAUCUACAGGAAGAGCAAGUUCCACCGGGUGCGUCCGCUCUGGAUACACUUCAAGAGUCUGCAGUUCCUGAAGGAACAGAUGCUCCCCAGGCCGCCGAUCUGGGAGCGAAACUCCAGGGACAACGACAGGGUCAGCGAGAGCGAGGGCGAGUCGCCGGUUCACCAAAAUGGCGGCCGCGGUUCCGGCCUCGGGGACGACGCUCUCGCGGAACACCUGCUCGCCAUGAACGGCGACAACUCGCCGAAGAUCGUCUCCAGCGGCCACAUAGACGUCAAGCAGGAGCCGAUCGAGAGCUUCGAGAACCUGGAGUUCCAGAGCGUGGCGGAGAACCUCGCGGAGAACGAGAUGAUGCUGCAGAACAUCUCGCCGGAGCAGGUGCUGAUGGGGGAUGGCGACUCCAGCAUCGGCCUGACGGUGGACCCCCUCGAGGGUGGCCGUUUCGACGACAAUUAUUACUUCCUGAUGAGCCUGCUGCCGCACAUCAAGACUCUCCCUGCAGACCGCCGGAUGCUCCUCAGAAUGCAGAUGCAGGAACUGGUCUACAAGGAGGUGUACAAGAAAUCAGCCGGCGAAAACGCCGCGGCGCCCUGAGGGACCACCCCCGAAGAGGGUGGCCCUCGGGGAUGUCGUUCCUCCACUGCGAGGAGUAGUACCUCGCUC